AUGAACUCGAUCCUACCGUGGUCAUUAGUGCUCCUGGCACUGGGAUUCGCUGAAUGUGUUCUCAGCAACCCGCGUCAAAAUGCCUCCAUAGCAGCUAUCGGGACUGUCAAUCUGCAGACAGGUGUGGAUUACCAAAUCCUCUUCCCGAACUUGGCGGAUUACACCACCCAGACAAUCCAGAUGUCCGGGCAGGCCUUAGCCCGGCAUUAUCCCGGCUCAAACAAUAUUGAUGGAGGUGUCCUAUUGGCCCUCAACAGCAUGAAGGACUACAAAGUUGACAAUGAAGCCAUCACCCUGUGCCACGUCGCAACCCGACCUCUUCUGAACCCUCAAGGGCGGCGCCAACAACUUCGUCGUAGUGACAAGAUUCCGACUACAGACAUACUCGAUGCCCAUAUCAGCACAACAAUCCAGCAGUUCAACGAGACGGGCAUAUACGAUUUCGUCCGGGCCUCGUGCAACCUGGUUCUCGCCGACGAUGACGCUUCGACAGCGGCUGGGGUUAUCUUGACCAUCACCUACAACGUAACCACUUCCAGGGCCUCAGCAGUCAUUCUCGGUGUGCAGGAGGGCAUAAUCAGUCCUCCGCCGCGAUUCGCAAACUUUAUUGCCAUUCCUGGAACCUCCAAGGCUCACAACGUCACCACCUCCAAACAAUGGUAUCGUGUUCGGCCAUCACUCCAUGUUCGAGACCUGGAAAGCAGCGGUGGCGCAGAUCGCCGACAUCCAGGGCCUGUACCCAACCUUCGUGUCAACCUGUCCCCCGCCAGCGCCGCUUCUGUGGCAAAGACCAACCAGAUCGGUAAUACCUGGGGUGUUUUUGAGGAGCCGCUCAUCUGGUGGCAAGUCACCACUGGAUGGGAUAGAGCCGAGGACAGCCUUCGCGUCGAGGCUUGGGUCCGUCACCUGGUAGAGCAUCUGCAUGCAAACAACAAGCGCAACAAUCUGGCAAGAGAGUUUAUCUACAUGGGUGACGCAGGCGAAUGGCAGGAUCCCUUUGUCGGGUUUCCGGCUGAGAACGUGCAGCGCAUGAGGGACAUUCGGCAGAUUUAUGACCCAUCGGGCACGUUUUCACGGCUGAAUUGGGGCGGCUUUAAGCUUGGUUACUGA